GGCGCGCCGUGCGUUGGGCCGAGCUGUGCCGCCGGCCGCUGCUUGUAGAGCCGCCGAGGUGAAGCCUCACUGUGGCGGCCGCGAGCGCGAAGCUCGAAAGUUGGGAAAUAAAGCUGCUGCCCGCCGGACCUGCGGUUCGGAGCGAGCCCGGGUGUCCGGAAAGAACUUCGCUUCGAGCUGCGCUGGCUGCCGGUGACAAGCUUCCCUUCGGAACACAGCCCUACAAUCCCUAAGAACUCCCUGUGUUCUUCAUGACCACUUGACCUACAAACACAAGCUGGGAGCGAAGACACCUGCAGUGCAGCAUGCUCCGUCUUCGACUUCUUCCCAUCGCAGCAGGGCUGGCAGCUGCUUCGCGGCGUUACCACGGGGCAGCACAUCAUCCCAGGGCCCGGGGUCAGCUUGUGGUGGCAGCUUUCAUAGGGACAGCCACAGUGACAGCGAGUGCCAGGCUCCUUUGGCAGAGGGCCUAUGCAGAAGACUCUGUGAACCGGGGCUCAAGGGCAGAGCCAGGUGGGAAGGUGAAGCACCAGGAGGAGGGGGAGAGCGAUGAGGGCGGGAAGGCCGUGGCAUCGGGCAGUGAGCAGUCUCAGCCAGAAGGGAAGAAGAAGAAGUGUUCUGGCUUCAGGGAUCGUAAGGUGAUGGAAUAUGAGAACCGGAUCAGAGCCUACUCCACACCAGACAAAAUCUUCCGAUACUUUGCCACUUUGAAAGUGAUCAAUGAACACGGUGAAUCUGAGGUUUUUAUGACACCGCAGGAUUUCGUGAGAUCGAUAACACCUAAUGAGAAACAACCAGAAAAUCUGGGGCUGGAUCAGUUUAUAGUGAAACGCUAUGAUGGGAAGAUACGGGUUAAAUUUUCAUCUAAAUUAAUAGCUGAACUCAUCCCCAAUCUGCUGCCACCUGCAAUGAAGUUGUCUCAGGAGCGAGAAAAGUUUGCUGAUGAAGACAGUAUAUUUUAUGCGCUUGGGGAAUGUGGACUCAUUUCUUUUUCAGACUACAUUUUCCUCACAACAGUCCUUUCCACUCCCCAAAGGAAUUUUGAAAUUGCCUUUAAGAUGUUUGACCUGAACGGCGAUGGUGAAGUGGACAUGGAAGAGUUUGAGCAGGUUCAGAGCAUCAUUCGCUCUCAAACCAGCAUGGGCAUGCGCCACAGAGACCGGUCCACGACUGGGAACACCCUGAAGACUGGCUUCAACUCAGCACUGACAACCUACUUCUUUGGGGCAGAUCUGAAGGGGAAGCUGACAAUCUCCCACUUCCUUGAGUUCCAGCGCAAACUGCAGCACGAUAUUCUGAAGCUGGAGUUUGAGCGGCACGACCCAGUGGAUGGGCGGAUCACAGAGCGGCAGUUUGGCAGCAUGCUGCUGGCCUACAGCGGGGUGCAGUCCAAGAAGCUCACUGUCAUGCUGAAGCAGCUCAAGAAACGCUUCCAAGAUGGGGAGGGGCUGACAUUUGAGGAGGUGGAGAACUUCUUCACUUUUCUGAAGAAUAUAAAUGACGUGGACACAGCAUUGAGCUUCUACCAUAUGGCUGGAGCUUCACUUGAUAAAGUGACGAUGCAGCAGGUGGCCAGGACGGUGGCGAAGGUGGAGCUGUCAGACCACGUGUGUGAUGUGGUGUUUGCGCUCUUUGACUGCGACGGGAAUGGCGAGCUGAGCAACAAGGAGUUUGUGGCCAUCAUGAAGCAGCGGCUGAUGCGGGGCCUGGAGAAGCCCAAGGACAUGGGCUUCACACGUCUGAUGCGCGCUAUGUGGAAGUGCGCCCAGGAGACGGCCUGGGACUUCACCCUGCCCCGGCCCUAACGGGACACCGGCGCAGGAGGGCCGAACCAGCCAGGCCCUACCGCCGCCUGCCUCGUGCACCUCCCUCUUCUUCUCUUGUAGGAAAGGGGACGUUUGUGCUGCCCUCACCCGCAGGGCGGGGUUGACACGCUGUACCCGCUCACUUCUAGUUGCCAUUACAAACCGCACGGCUUC